AUGUGGGCCACAGUUGUAAUGCUUGGGGGUUUCUGCACCCUGCUCGAACCAACCGAUUUCUGGUCUACAACAGCUAUAAUAUUUAUUGAAGCUUUCAGAUUUUUCACUCGAGAUAACCGUUUGGAGAAUCACCCGUUGUUUGGAACUAAUGCAGCUAUUAAAAAGCUAACAUCUCACAGUGUGUUAAAGGAUGAAAAACAUACAUUUUAUGCGGUAUUGGCAGUUGUCAGCUUAUGUGACAGGAUACUUUUUGUUUGUCCGAGAAAUGUCAAGGGCAUCGCUCUCAUUGUAAUGGCAGCUUCCGGGGUUCUGAUUGGCAAUCUGCCUUUUGCCGUGCAGACAAUCCUGCAACAUCAUCUGUGGCUCUUCUUAAGCUCUCUGCUUGUCAUUCUACUCACCCUCUCCGCCCAAUUGAUCAGAAAAUUCUGGAUCCGUGGUAAGUCUCAAGGAUCUCAACUUGCAGUUGUACUAGUGCACACUGCAGUGCUGUUACUCAUGGUCAUAGUGCAGAGCAUAUCCGUUUACAUUCUUGUAUGCAAACCGCCACGGGUUAGGCAGAUAAUAAGCAAGUGGAUUAAAGUGUUAUACCUUGUUAAGGUGGUGCUGGGCUUAGCCUUGAUAGUGGGGAUGUUUUCUCUCUUCCUGCCUUCUGUUGACUGGUUCGUCUAUGGUAAUUUAGUGAAGAUGAUGGUAACCCUGAUCUUCGCACUAAGCACCAUUCCGAGCCCAAACAAUGAAACUGCGUACUAUUGGAUGGACGUCGGCUUGUGCAUAUCAAUGGCAAUCAGCUGGGUUUUCUGCAUCGAGUCUGCAGUUUUUAACCCAGGGGUGCUGCUUGUUAUACUUAUCUGUGGUAACCUGCAGCUCCCGGCAGCAAUAGCGCGUAUGCUGCUAUCAGCCAUGAGGCUUCAAGAUCAGCAGCUUGUUAAAUCGUAUCCCACUCCAGGAAGCAAAAAUUUAUUGCCUACGCUACAUCUUUUUUACUGGUUUGUGAUCUUCCAAGGCACAUUCUAUUUGUGUGCUUGCAUUAUCAACUUUUAUGGGGCUAAACUGCAGUUGCACAAUGAAAAGGGCUUGGGGGAUGUUCAAAAGGAAGAAGCAGCAUUUGGCCCUCAAACCAUUCUGGACACUUAUGGGACUAGACUGCAGUUGCACAAUGAAAAGGGUUUGGGGGAUGUUCAAACAGAAGAAGAAGCAUUUGUCUCUCAAACCAUUCCAGACGGUUCUAUAGCAAUUAGCAUAAGAUCUGACGAGGAACAAUCAAACACCAAUCCAGUUAACUGCAUACUGGUCGGGACACUCCCUGUCCCCCUAUAA